GCCAUAUUAUUAAGACGUGGCUACUUUUUCCGCUGGUCUUCGAUACUGAGAAUUUAAGGGGUUUCGGUUUUCCUUUAACAGCACACGUUUGAUGAGAAUGGACGAAGUUCAAGAAUUUCCAUCCAUAAUAGACGUAAACGUUGGAGGCAAUGUUUACACCACAUCACUAGCAAGCCUUACAAGAUUUCCAGACUCCAUGUUGGGGGUCAUGUUUAGUGGACGGCGGCCGGUGGCGAAAGAUUCUCGAGGAAAUUUCUUCAUCGAUCGUGACGGGCCGAUGUUUCGGUAUGUGUUAAAUUUCUUGCGCUCUUCCAAGUUGAAUCUACCUGACAAUUUUCAGGAAUUUGAUCAGCUCGCUGAGGAGGCCGAUUUUUAUCAAAUUCCUCGUCUCAUUGAAGCCUUGAAAAAAAUCAAAUUAAGCAGUACUGUGGGAAGAAAUCAAGUGAUUCGAAUAACUCUGGACAGAGAUAAGCACGGAUUAGAGACGUUGCUGACGGUUUUCGCCGAGAAGCUCAUCUUACAGGAGAUAUUUCAUGGCUACGACUGCAUCUGUAGCCCUCUCGUAUUUUCGUUCGAUAAAGAACAGGCGGACUCAUCUACUACAGCGAUUCUACAAGAAAUCACUAAUUAUGGUUUUGAGGUGAUGACAAGCCUCUCGCAUCCUGAAGACAAAUCUAUUAAUGAGUGGUUUUUCCUUCGCAAGCGCAAGACAAAUAUACCAAAUUCUUAAUUUUAGUACCGAGUGACUGUUCUUUGGCUCUCUUUUGUAACGAUUUUUGUCAUUGCCAUGACUAGUAAAUUGAAGACUAAUUUCUCCAUUUUAAUAUCCAACAUCAAUAAAUACUUUAUUUUCUAAAACAUUUCGAGCUAAGUCAAGCUGCUGUGGGAUUAUUUAAUUUUUGGUCGACCUGUCGCAAAACUAAAUAUCACCUGCUCACCUUUCCAUCUUGCUAGACAUUUUUGGAAACCUCUUUGUCACACAUUGUAGUCUUUAUUCGUCGGCAGAAUAGGCGUGAGUCUUCAUGCAUAUUGAGGCAAGGGGGUGGUGAGGUUUGUGGUGAGAAGGUACCGAGAGGCAGGCGCGAGGUGGGCGCGAAGUGAGCGUGAGACGGGCGUGAGGCGAGGAAACACGCGCGUGACUCAAUCCUCGCCCCCACCUCGUGCUUGCUUCCGCUCGGCAUAAACGCAGAAAAGUGACACCUGUUCUGCUGGCGAAGUCUGCUUUUAUAUCAUCCAAAUCUUUCGCUGAGUUCCUUGGUGAAAAGAAGAUUGCCUUAUCUUUUUACGCACUUAUUCUGUUAUUGUUGAGUGAUUGAGGCUGUUUAUAGAUAUACGGAAACAAAGUGGGUUUUGUUUUA